AUGCUCCCGCACUUCCUCCCUCCUCUCACCCACAGCCUCCUGAUGAAGAGGAGGAAGUUUCUUUACCACUUCAAAAACGUGCGCUGGGCUAAGGGCCGCCAUGAAACCUACUUGUGCUACGUGGUGAAGCGACGGGAUAGCGCCACCUCCUUCUCACUGGACUUUGGGCACCUUCGAAACAAGGCGGGAUGCCAUGUGGAAUUGCUCUUCCUCCGCUACAUCUCCGACUGGGACCUGGACCCCGGGCGGUGCUACCGUGUCACCUGGUUCACGUCUUGGAGCCCCUGCUACGACUGCGCGCGGCAUGUGGCCGACUUCCUGAGAGGGUACCCCAAUCUGAGUCUGAGGAUCUUCACAGCGCGCCUCUACUUCUGCGACAAGGAACGCAAGGCGGAGCCCGAGGGGCUGAGGCGGCUGCACCGCGCUGGGGUCCAAAUCGCCAUUAUGACCUUCAAAGAUUAUUUUUAUUGCUGGAAUACUUUUGUGGAAAAUCAUGAAAGAACUUUCAAAGCCUGGGAGGGGCUGCAUGAAAAUUCGGUUCGUUUGACCAGACAGCUUCGACGCAUCCUUUUGCCCCUAUAUGAGGUUGAUGACUUACGAGAUGCAUUUCGUACUUUGGGACUUUGA